AUGAGCUUUGCCACAAAGCUUUCUGAUUACUUCCUGUUAAUAGAGGACAAUGCCUUUUUUGCCCCCAACUUUGUCACCCACAUUCAUUCAAGGGUGACCACCAUGAAGUCCAACUCAUGGGUGCUACUGGAAUUCUCCAAUAUGGGCUUCCUUGGCAAACUCUUUCACAGCAGGGACCUCCCGCUCCUGGCCCAUUUCCUCCUCCUCUUCUACAAGGAGAAACCCCUUGACAGCCUGAUUUCUCAUUUCCGUAUGCUCCUGGUCCAGGAAAGCCCAAUUCUCUGCAAACCUUUCCUAUUUUACCGCAGGGUCUCCUACACCGCCUUUGAUCACAAGCAGAAGGCCACAGCACUUCAGAAAAAGAAUGCCGAUGGUCCCAACAACCCACCUGGAGCUGUCUUCACUGAUAUGCAGGUUUCCGAUGUGCAUUUCCCCUGGGAGGCCUACACUCUGGAUGAGUCAUUCUUUUGGACACACAACCUUAGUAUAGGAAACCACCUGACAGUGAUUCUGAACCAUCCAGCAAACCUGAGCAGGGUGCAAGUGAUAACGGGCUCCAUUGGAUGGGAGGUAUGUCCUGGAGAAGGGGCAGGUGGAGCUGGGCUACGAACCUGA